AGCGAAGAAAGAGAUGGCUGCUGCUGCGGAGCAGAGUUCCAAUGGCCCAGUCAAGAAGUCAAUGCGUGAGAAGGCAGUUGAGCGAAGGACCAUCAAUAAAGAGCACAACAGCAAUUUCAAAGCUGGUUAUAUUCCUAUUGAUGAAGAUCGUCUGCAUAAAACUGGUUUGAGGGGCCGGAAAGGGAACUUAGCCAUUUGUGUGAUCGUCCUCCUGUUUAUCCUGGCCGUCAUCAACUUAAUAAUUACAGUAGUUAUAUGGGUUGUGAUCCGAAUUGGUCCGAGUGGCUGUGAUAGUAUGGAGUUCCAUGACAGUGGCUUGCUUCGAUUUAAACAAGUAUCAGACAUGGGAGUAAUACAUCCGUUAUACAAAAGUACUAUUGGAGGACGACGCAAUGAAGAUCUCGUGAUCACCGGUAACAAUCAGCCUGUUAUUUUUCAGCAGGGCUCAACAAAACUCAGUGUGGAUAAAGACAAGACUUCUAUCACCAGCGACAUUGGCAUGGAGUUUAUUGAUCCUCGCACUCAGAACACCUUGUUCAGCACAGACUAUGAGAAACAUGAAUUUCAUCUGCCCAAAGGGGUAAAAACCUUGAAUGUACAGAGGGCAUCAACAGAGAGGAUUACUAGCAAUGCUACCAGUGAUCUCAACAUAAAGGCGGAAGGUCGCGCCAUUGUACGUGGGAAUGAAGGGGUGUUCAUCAUGGGAAAAACCAUUGAGUUUCGCAUGGGUGGGAAUAUGGAGCUUAAAGCUGAGAACAGUAUAGUCCUCAAUGGCACAGUGAUGGUCAGCACUUCCCGACUACCCAGCUCUUCUACGGGGGAGUUGCUGUACGACGAUGGAUGGAUGCGCUACAAGCUGUGCUCAUGUGCUGAUGGCACCCUCUUUAGGGUGAAGGUGGAAAGUCGCAACAUGGGAUGCCAAACAUCAAGUAACCCAUGCUAGGCUAGGAUAUUAAAGGAGAACACUUCAAUCAAUAAGGAUGCAGUGUUACGAUCCUUUUUAUUUUCUUAUUGUGUGACUAUACAUUUCAGCAAAGUAUCAGUAUUAGCUAUUUAUUAACAGUAUUUACUAUUUAUCACUGCAGUAUUAAAGAUGUGUUAGCCACAGAAUCAAACACCCCACCUGCUUUCAUAAACUGUGCAAGAAACUGUUUUGUUUUCUGCUUCCAACUCUUAAAGGAAAUGGGAAAACAUGUUUUUUUUUAAAAUGAAUCAGUUAAUAGAGCUUCUCCAGCAGAAUCCUGCAUUGCAAUCCAUUUUUCAACAGCUCAAACAGAUUUUUUUAAUAUUUCAUUUUGAUAUUUCACAUGGGGCUAGCCAUAUUCUUCAUUUCCCAGAAUCCCACAGCCAUGUGACCUGUGCUCUGAUAAACUUCAGUCACACUUUACUGCUGCGCUGCAAGUUGGAGUGAUAUCACCCCCCUCCCAGCAGCCAAUCAGCAGAACAAUGGGAAGGGAGCAAGAUAGCAGCUCCCAGUAGGUAUCAGAAUAGCACUCAAUAGUAAGAAAUCCAAGUCCGGCUUGGGACUCCUCCAGUUACAUAGGAGUAGGAGAAACAAUAGGUUACCUGAAAGCAGUUCUAAUGUGUAGCGCUGGCUCCUUCUGAAAGCUCAGACUCCGGCACAAUGCACUGACAUGGCGCCUACACACCAAUAUUACAGCUAAAAAAAAUCAUUUGUUGAUUGAAGAAUACAAUUUUAAAUGGUAGAGUGAAUUAUUUACUAUGUAAACUGUAAUUUAGAAAUAAAAAGUACACCAUACAAAUCAUGACAGAAUCCUUUAAGGCGGCCAGCCAGGUUGUUUUUUUUCUGUGUUUUAGCCUUAAAAUGAUACAAAAAUAGCAGGAGACUAUUGAACAGAUAUGGUAGAGCCAUCAGAUACAUUUUAGGAUCCACAGAGUACCUAGUAUUCUUUUUUUAUUAUUAUAGUAAUAUAUUGAGCAUGACGAAAUGUAGCUCCAUAGAUAUGAGCAUGUCUCUCACAGCCCCCUAGCUAAGGAAUUCCCACAUAAAAUAAAUACCGUUUAGAGCAGAUUGAUCAAUUAUCAUUAGAUGUAUCCCUAUACAUAACCACAUCAGAGAUUAUGUUGAGGAAUACCGGGAAGAUGACUGACUAGUUAAAGGUGGAUAUUUGUAGAAUUCUCAUGUGUCCCCGGCUUCUGCACACCUCUUUUAUCCAUUUAGCUGCUAACCUUAUCCUUUUCUAAGUGUAUUUUUAAAGGGAAAAAUGCAGUAUACCACUACCAAAUGCUUUUUGUGGCACUCUGGUUUGAUAAAUUAUAAAUAUUUCCCUUUAAAAUAUUUCUUUUAGGUUAAGUUUGGGCAGUUGUGCUCAGAGUAUUAACACUAUGCUGUGUAUUCAUUGCCAAUGUAUUAUAAUACUGUAUAUAUACAAAUAUGAAUGCAGUAACCAAAAUUGUUUGUGUGCCACAGCCCUAUAGUAUAACAAGAUAUGGCACGUUUUAUGCGGCCCCUGGUGACUGUGCCUGAUUGUGCAGCACCAAUCACCUGACUGCACUGUGACUGUGCCUGACUGUACAAUAUCUUAAUAAAAAAAUUGCCAGGCGACCAAGCCUGUGUUUUAGAUUUCAGCCCCCUUGUGAUUGAGUUUGACACCCCUUCCUUUGCCAAUAAAGUUUGAGAAUCUUUUGAUGUUACCAUUGCAGCACUGAUCAAAAGGGAACCAGAAAGAUAGAGUCUAUGGUGCCGUUACUCUGGAAUUUUUAUGCCAGCCCCAUAGAUUCUACUGUGGGUGGCACAUAAACGGUUAACUGUGUGGUGAGAAAGACACUGCUUACUCUACAGACUGUAAUGAUGCCGAUUCUAGCUCUCUCACUUAUAACAGUGGCUAAAUAGUACAUAUGAAUGUGUGUGCCUUUAUUCUAUUUAUUUGUUUCAAGUCAGAAAUUCAUGUUAUAAUAUGCCAUGUGUUUAUUUUUUUUUUUUUUUAAACACUAAAAGUAAAAUGCUAAACCAGAGUGAAAACUGUUCAUUAAAGGAUUGCUAAGAA